AGCCGCCCGCUCAGAAUUAAUCAUAAGCGCACCCUCAGUCACUCGGGCAGCCCGGACGCGAGGAAGGUAAUACCUGCUGCCGUCAUCCCAGAAAAUCCUGGCAACAUAGAUACUAUGAGCGAGAGGCAGAAGUCGCCUAAAUUGCCAGCGCCCACCCACUUGGAGAGACCAGCACGCAGCAGCAACGCCGAAUCUGCAAUACAGCCAGUCGCAAUGAAAGUCUCUAAAAUGCGUUCGCCAUCUUAUUCGCCGUCGCGAGAUGCAGCCUACGCGAAUCGCUCAGCAUCAAACAUUAGAUCAAGAUACCGCUCGAAAUCACCGAGUAUCAGCGCUUCUGAUCGCGAGUCUAAAAGCAUGCGCGACCUAUCUCUGCAUGGAAACAGGGACCGCAGCCACAGGUCGCCCUCCAGAUCGAUCCGCCCGCGCUCUCCGUUGCAGUCCAGGCGCCAGAGGUCAAGGUCAAGGUCGAGCUACGAUCGCGGUAGCGACAGGUACGCAAGAGACAGCAGGAGGUACAGCGAAGGCAAGAGAGGGCACAGCCGGUCGUAUUCUCGGUCAAGGUCGCCAUCAAGAGACAGAUACCGUGGCUCCUACUCGUCGAGAUCCAGCCGUCGCAGAUAAUAAUUAUAUUAGUCGUAUUUCGUAUUUCAUUUAACUCAGGGUUUAGAAAAACACAUAAAAGAGAA